AAUGCCAGAAGUCUCUCCAAAAGUCUCUCCCUCCCUCUCUCUCUCUCUCCGUGAAAUUCCAAAUUUCAGCGAGUGAGGCGACUGAGACUGCUGCUUCAAUGACAGACACAAAGAAAGAUGUGGAAGAAACUCUAUUACCAAAAGGAAGUGAAGAAAAAAUACCAGAAACUCCAUCUCUAACAUGGGGUGUUCUUACGGUGGAACUGAAGAGGUUAGGUGUCUUGGCAGGUCCUAUGGUAGCAGUGGUUCUCUCACAGUACCUGUUGCAGGUCAUUUCAGUGAUGAUGGUGGGUCAUCUCGGAGAGCUUGCUCUCUCCAGCACUGCGAUAGCCAUCUCUCUUUCUGGGGUCACCGGGUUCAGCCUUCUUUUAGGAAUGGCAAGUGCGCUGGAAACUCUAUGUGGGCAAGCUUAUGGAGCUCAACAAUAUCGAAAACUUGGAGUUCAAGCGUACACUGCUAUAUUUUCACUGAUCUUAGUCUGUGUUCCUCUGUCUUUGAUAUGGAUUAACAUGGGAAAGUUACUAAUUAUGAUAGGCCAAGACCCUCUAAUUUCACGCGAAGCUGGUAAAUUCACCAUUUGGCUUAUUCCUGCACUCUUUGCAUAUGCCAUCCUUCAACCACUUGUUAGAUACUUCCAGACACAAAGUCUGACCCUGCCAAUGCUGAUAAGCUCUUGUGCCAUUCUUUGCUUUCACAUACCUCUAUGUUGGGUUUUAGUAUUCAAGUCUGGUCUGGGAAACACUGGAGCAGCAUUAGCUAUUAGUAUUUCAUAUUGGUUAAAUGUGAUUUUGCUCGGAUCAUACAUGAAGUACUCUUCUGCCUGCGCAAAAACCCGUGUGCCAAUUUCUAUGGAGAUUUUCCAAGGAAUUGGGGAGUUCUUUCGGUUUGCUAUCCCUUCUGCAGUAAUGACUUGCCUUGAGUGGUGGUCUUUUGAGCUUCUUAUAUUACUGUCUGGGCUAUUACCAAAUCCAGAGCUUGAAACUUCUGUUCUUUCUGUAUGUCUCACAACCAUCUCAACACUCUAUGCGAUACCAUAUGGACUUGGUGCGGCUGCAAGUACUAGAGUUUCAAAUGAAUUAGGAGCAGGGAACCCUCAAGCUGCUCGUGUGGCUGUCUUUGCUGUGUUGUUUCUUGCAGUUGCGGAGACAAGUAUAGUAAGCACCAGCCUUCUUGCCAGCCGUCGUGUAUUUGGUUACACUUUUAGCAAUGAGAAGGAAGUAGUGGACUAUGUCACAACCAUGGCUCCUCUAAUUUCUCUGUCAAUUAUACUGGACAGCAUACAAGGGGUACUCUCAGGUGUUGCUAGAGGAUGUGGGUGGCAGCAUAUAGGGGCCUAUGUCAACCUUGGGGCGUUCUAUCUUUGUGGAAUUCCAUUUGCUGCAGUCCUGGGUUUCUGUACACAUUUAAGAGGAAGGGGGCUUUGGAUUGGAAUACAAACCGGUGCUGUUGUUCAGACAAUACUGCUCUCUAUUAUAACUAGUUGCACAAACUGGGAAAAACAGGCUAGCAAGGCAAGGGAGAGGAUAUUUGAGGGGAGACUUCCAAUAGAUAAUAUUGAUAGUGAGCAGAGAACUUUGGUCAGCUAAAGUUUCUUACUAUUAGAGCUGCAAGGAGAAACAUUGCUUGCAUAGCCAUAUGGCCAAAAUGUUGCUUUCCAAAAACAUGUAAAGGAACUGAUCUGCAUGUAUCUAAACUGCCAUUACGAUUACGUGGUGCUCUUCAAAACAAGCCAGCAGAGAAACCCAGGAGUAUAAAACCUGCACUGGGCAAGCGCAAGGUUGUUAUUUCUAAGUUCUUCUUCCUAGCUAUGAGCUCAUCAUAGGAUUAAAGAUUUGAACCUUUUCUCUUUGUAUAAUUAUCUUGUCGGAUGGUGGCCACGACAAAAAGGUCACUUCACUUGGAUCUAACACAUUAAUAUUUCAUUUAGUUAUUUCUAA